AUGCUACAACUCUAUUUGACGCGUACGAAUCGGUAUUUCCGCAGCCUUGCAGAUGUGAAAAACUUUACCAACAUCUUUGCGGCCGGUGACUGUAUGAACACACCGAACGCAAAAACUGCGGCCGCUGUGUCCAGCCAUCUAAAGACGAUUGGCAAAAACCUAACAGCCGCCAUGGAAGGAAAAGAAUUGCCCGCAAAGUACGACGGCUAUGCAUCAUGUCCUAUAAUAGUGGGUAGAUAUCGUGGAAUGCUUGCUGAAUUCAACUCUAAAGGAACAAUGGAAACAUUACCGAUCAAUCAAGCAAAACCAGGAUUCUACGCCUUCCUUAUGAAACGAUACCUCAUGGCAUUCCUCUACUGGAACUUCUUGGUGAAGGGAUGGUGGAAUGGUCCAUCCACAAUCCGAAAAAUCCUGCAUUUAGGCUUUGUGCCUAAGCAAAAGUGA